AGCUCCUCCUGGUGACAUCACAGCGCGCGCGCUCCCUCACACCUGGCAUUCUUACCUUCGACGCGACAGGCAGAGAACAGACAGCUAAAGCGCUCCGGUGUUUUAAAGUUCCUAAUUUGGUGACAGUGGCUGCAUUACUGUAGCCACAAACGCUACAGACUCUUUGCUUUAGUUAUUUUUUUGUUAUUUUAGUUAUUUUUUUCAAACAACAAUACAGGGCACUUUGACAGGUGGAGGAGAAGACAUUCCAAAUUUCACAACCUUCUACUUGGGGUGGACCUAAGCCUCCGUUGAUCAGAUCUUUCAAUGGCACUAACAUUGAACUUGAGCGGGCCUGCUCCAUGGGGCUUCCGAAUAAAUGGAGGAAGAGACUUCAAAACGGCCAUUACCGUGUCAAAGGUCAAUGCAGGCAGCAAAGCAGAGCAAGCAAACCUGAAAGCCGGCGAUAUCAUCCUGGAAAUCAAUGGUGAAAACACAGAGGACAUGCUGAAUGUGGAGGCCCAGAACAAAAUCAAGAAAUCCAAGACCACUCUGCAGCUGGUGGUGGAGAGACCUGAACCUCCCAGCCCUCAACAGUCCAACGGCAUCAGCACACCUGAACAGCUAACUGGACGCUUCCAGGAGGCAGUCAUAGUGAGUCGUGACGAGAACCAGAACUAUAGAGAAUAUAAAAUCUCCAGUCCCACGUCAAUGUCCCCAGGACCCUAUUCAUCAUAUUCUACUGCCAGCCCCGACAGAAGAGGGGAAAGACUGACACCAACCUUAAAUAAGAGUGUGCAGCUGCGCUCAUGGUCACCAGAGGAAAAAAAUAACCGUGUCUCCAGGCCACAGUCUCAGGAGUUCUUUCCUUCAGACUUCAGGCAACCCUCUGGGUCCAGCAGGACCCCAACCCCUCCAGAGCGCUACUCACCUCAUAGCCCCACUGAUCGAGAUGUUCCCAUGUCUCCUCGCCGCAGCAGGACCCCAAUCCCUCCAGAGCGCUACUCACCUCAUAGCCCCACUGAUCGAGAUGUUCCCAUGUCUCCUCGCCGCAGUAGUUCCAGCUCUGACUUCGCCAUGCAAAGAUUUGACAGGGACUCAGAGGUGUACAAGAUGAUCCAGGAGAACAAGGAGUCCCGUGCAGCACCUCGUCAGUCAAACACCUUUAAAAUGCUGCAAGAAGUCCUGGAAGCUGAUGAGAAAGAGGCAGCCCUGCGGUUCCCUGGGAAGCUUUCCCCCAACGCCCCAAAACAAAGCUCAUCUGUUGGAGGAGUCAGCAAACAGCACACCUGUGAGAAAUGUGGCACAAGCAUUGUGACACAGGCAGUGCGCAUCUCAGACAACUGCUUCCGCCACCCAGAGUGCUACACUUGCACAGAUUGUGGGCUUAACCUGAAGAUGAGAGGUCACUUCUGGAGUGGAGAUGCGAUGUAUUGUGAGAAGCAUGCCAAGGAGAGGUACCAGAGCCUAGCCAACUCCAUUCAGACCACCGUCUCCCCCCGCCAAUGAGUUGGCCCCUCCUCAUCGGAUCCACCAUGCAGUGUGCUGCUGCCUGCCUGAAACGCCACCUCAUCUGACUCGCUGAUACACCUUGACAAAAUAUUCUUGGGGGACAGACAUUUCACUUAUUUCUCAUCUUUAAUCAAGUAUUGCAAUUUAAUAAUAUACACUUUCUCGCUUUAAUUUCCUGUCUGCUGAGAAAUUUGCUGUUUUUCACUAUAUGGUUCAUACUUUAUGGUCUCUAUAAGUCAUUAUUUGAGGUCACAUUAACAAGGCACAAAAGCUUUUGAAAAAGUUAAAUAGAAGGACGAUCACCAUUUGAAUUUUCGGAGGACAAAAAGGGACCAAUACAUAUCCAUCUCUGCAUGCUGCAUUGAAGUUGCUCAGUAUGGUGCUGUGUGUGAGAGUGGGUAUGAGUGUGAGUGAGUGUGAAUACAGGCUUACACAUGUGGAGAAGUGGAUUCUGCGUGGCUUGUUUCUGUGUGUAUGAUUGUUUGUGUUUGCACAUGAGAAAGACGGAAAAAGAUGGUGGCCAAGUUUUUGGACUUUUGGAGAGCGGUAAAUUCAGGCAAUAAAGCCUUUGGAAUUUGUACUAUUUUUUGUAAAAUAAGUCGAUAAGAAUUGGUAAAGGGGAGAAAAUGUUGAUUUGUUUGGCUUUUUUGUUAAUUUAGAGGAACAAGAUAUUCACUCGAUAUAUAAAUAUUGUUCAUAUUUUUGUGAUGAUUGUUACAAAAUAGAUCAUAUAAAAUGCAUAUUGUAUGCACGGGACAUUAAGAGUGAUGAGAAGUUAUGAUGCAGCACAUGUCCUUUUCCAGCAGUACUCAGAUAUGAACUUUAAUUUUCUCUUUUUUUGUGGAAUAUAAUAAACAUGCACAACUUGAAGCCUCUCCUGUUAUGACUGUUUAAAAACUUAUUUAAAUAAUGAACAAUCUCCUGCCUCAUUAAUAUUGGAUUCAUUUCAGAUCAUAUUUCUUCAACCUGCACAGCUGGCAGC